UUCAGCAUAAGCGGACGGGCAUCGUGAACGUUGUUGGGGCUUAGCAAGACCAAAACCGUCGACGAAUUUUAAUGAAGCACGCGCGCCUGCGCAAAAUAAAAUAAAAGCCAUCAUAAAGGCAGACAAGCGCUUAGAGAAAUUCAAGUGUAGUAUUUCAGUUGCUGUCUGGCUUGCAAUUUUGAUUGAUAUGCAAAGUGUGUUGCCCACUAGGUCUACAUAAAAGCCACAAAAGCAGCGCUACGUGCCCUCGAAUUUGUUGUGCGUGAGUGUGUGUGUCUGUGUUGUGGGCUAGUGCCUCUAAUGCGCGAUUCCAUUGCGUACGCAAUUUGCCUACGUAAUUUGAAUCAAUACCGCGAUACACGUGUGUAAUAUUUGUUAAUUUUAUAUCAAAAGCCCUUGGCGAAAAGUUCAUUUAAGCCAUUCAGACACAUCAAUCAUUAGCUUUGUGCAAAAAUAUCAAAAUGAGCAAUGCCACGCCCCCGGGGCUGCUGCAUAUGGAACAGCCGUUGCGUGCUUUCUAUCAAUUUUUUGUGGAUUUAAUUAUAUUCACACUUAAAUCGUUGUUUUAUAUAUUGGAAGCUAUUUAUUACACAAUGCUGCCGCAGCGUUUUCGAAAGCUAAAGAACAUCUCCGGCCAGGUGGUGCUCGUUACGGGCGGAGGCGGCGGUGUGGGUCGCCUGAUAGCGCUCAACUUCGCCAAACUGCAGGCGCGCAUUGUCAUCUGGGAUAUCAAUCAAGAAGCUAUAAAAACCACAGUGGAACUGCUGGCCAAACAUGGCUAUCACAAUUGCAAGGGCUAUGUGGUGGACAUAUCCGAUAAGGAGCAGAUCUAUCAGCGCGCUGCGCAGGUCACUGAGGAAGUGGGCCCAGUGGAUAUCCUGAUCAACAAUGCGGGCAUUGUCUGCUGCAAACCCUUCUGGGAGCUACACGAUCGGGUCAUCCAAAACACUUAUAACAUCAACAUCAUCUCGCAUUACUGGACCGUCAAGGCCUUUUUGCCGCACAUGAUGCGUCAUAAUCGUGGACAUAUUGUGACGGUCGGCUCGGUAACUGGCAUGCUGGGCACCUAUGGGUGCAGCGAUUAUGCCGCCACUAAGUAUGCGUGCAUUGGCUUCCAUGAGAGCCUGCUGACGGAUUUGAAGGCGCAUGGCUACGAUCAGGUACAUAUGAGUCUCAUUUGUCCGUAUUACAUCAACACGGGCAUGUUCUCCGGCGUUAAGCCACGCAUGGUGCCCAUGCUGGAGCCACAAUAUGUCGCUGAUCGCAUACUCCAGGCGGUCCAACGCAACGAGGUCUGGUGUGUGCUGCCCAAUUCGAUAAGAUUGCUGACGCCGCUCAAGUGUCUUUUGCCCGCCAAGAUGUGCUGGGAGAUGAUGUCGCGAGUUAUACGCGGUCCGGAGUCAAUGAUGCUGUUCCAAGGACGCGGACGCGUAGCUUCCGGCUAAUUAUCCACUAGAAUUAAAUUUGUUUUACUUGAGGCAUCAUUAAAUAUUGUUAU